AUGCAGCCGCGCCUCUUGGGCGCUCGGCCCCUUGCGGCGGCUCGGCGGCCGGCCGCUGUGUGCGCCGCCCUGCCGACCCCCACUGGCCUCUGGCUCAAGCCCCACCGGCCGCUUGCGUCCAUGCCCCGGCAGCCCAAGCAGCACGCCGCAGCCGCCGCAGCCUCUGCCCCGCUGCUGCCGCAGCGCCAGCGCCGCGUGGAGGUCCGGGCAUCGGCCUCCGGCGCUGCUGCCCCUGCGCCGCAGCCUGCCCAGCCGGCGGCGCCGAUUGGCGUCAAGCCAAUCCCCGCGGCCAUCUCGAUUGGCCUGGGCCUAAUCGUGAACUUCCUGAUUCCGGCACCGGCGGGCGUCAGCGCUCAGGCAUGGCAGCUGUUUGCCAUAUUCAUCUCAACUAUUUGUGGCCUGGUCCUGGGCCCGCUGCCGGUUGGCGCAUGGGCGUUCCUUGGUCUCACGACCGUCGUCGCGACCGGCACGCUGCCAUUUGCCUCGGCCAUGAGCGCUAUGACGUCCGAGGUGAUCUGGCUGAUUGUGAUCUCGUUCUUCUUCGCCAAGGCGUUUGAGACCACCGGGCUGGGGGAGCGCAUCGCCAACGUGUUUGUGGCAGCCAUGGGCAAGAGCAGCCUGGGCCUGGCGUACGGGCUGAUGGUGGCAGAGGCUGUUUUGGGGAGUGUUGCGUCUACUUGUGUGUGA